ACGCGGUUCAAAUUUGACAGUUUCGUUCAAAUGUUUUGACACGAACAAUGUGUAAAGUUGCAUUUUCAUAAUAAAAAGUUAAAUUCCUGUGCGAAAUGUACCCCAAGUGCGAUAAUUGUAAAAUUCUCUUAUUAGCUGAGGAGGAACGAAUUGAAUGGUAUAAAGACCUCAGUGCCAAAAACAUAGAGUUGCACAAAAAAAUUAUAGAACAAGAGGAACUGAUAACAAUUCUGAAGAAAAAAUUAUUAGAAAAACGGACAAGUUACGUGUCGGAAUACAUAACAAAUUUGGUUGAUCAAUCGAGUAGAUUUCUAGAGCAUGACAAUUUCCAAAACUGCAAACUCCUCCACCAAAAUCUUAAAGAAAAGUUAUUGGAAGUAAACGAGUUUUUGGAAACUUUCAACGCUGAACGGGAAUUAUUUCAGCAGGAAAUUGAAGAGAAUGAGCGACAUUUCACAGAACAUGUGUCUUAUUUAAAUGGACAGGUUGAUUAUUUUCGUGAAUCAUUAUUCCACGAACUGGAGAAGUCCAAUAGAAUCAAGCAUUAUUUUUUCAAAAAAUUGUCAGGCGUUGCGUCUGCGAGUUACAGUGUAGUGCUUGAGACUUUAAAAGAGGAAAGUGAGAAACUAAAUACUGAACUAAAGUCACGGUACCGGCAAACAAUUCAGAAGAGCAAGGACGAGAUUGAGAGACAAAGUCUGCUUGUUUCCAAACUCCGGAAGCAUAACAGACAGCUGUACUCAAUUAUUCAAAAGUCAAAAUUUGAGAAUGAAACCAAAAUAUCAAAACUGGAGAAAACUGUAAAAGAUUUGAAACAGGCGAUGAGCAAGUUAAAAGAAAAGAAUGAAUACUUGCACACGCAGAUAAAGUUAGAAGUGGAGGGUUGUCAGAACGACAUUUUCGACGCCAGGAGGAAAAUAAGGACACUAGUUAAGUAACAAUCUUUAUUCAGACAAUAAAUUACUCGUAAAAAAUUAAUACAAUGAUCCCAACUUAUACAAAUCGCUGCAAAUUAUACAAAAAUGGUGGUAUAAAUAAAAAAAAUUUAGGUGUAGGUUAAAAACGGCGAAAUACAAAUAAAUUUUCUAGUUUAUCACAA